GCAGUGGCUGUUGGGAGAAGGCCGAGAGCCCGGAAGUAAACAUUCACGGCUUAGCUGCCUUGGUUUUGGUGUCGGGGAGGCUGAACUGGAAAGCCCCGUCAUCAUGUCGGCAGCAGCUGUGGAUACAGUUAACGCUGCCCCCCUGUCAGGGUCCAAGGAGAUGAAUUUGGAGGAACCAAAGAAGAUGACCAGAGAGGACUGGAGAAAGAAGAAGGAGUUAGAAGAACAGCGAAAAUUGGGCAAUGCUCCUGCGGAAGUUGAUGAAGAAGGAAAAGACAUCAAUCCUCAUAUUCCUCAGUAUAUUUCUUCAGUACCAUGGUAUAUUGAUCCAUCAAAAAGACCUACUCUAAAGCAUCAGCGACCACAACCAGAAAAACAAAAGCAAUUCAGCUCAUCUGUAGAAUGGUACAAGAGAGGUGUGAAAGAGAAUUCCAUAACUACUAAGUACCGCAAAGGAGCAUGUGAGAAUUGUGGGGCCAUGACACAUAAAAAGAAAGACUGCUUUGAGAGACCAAGGCGAGUCGGAGCCAAAUUUACAGGUACUAAUAUAGCUCCUGAUGAACACGUCCAGCCCCAGUUAAUGUUUGACUACGAUGGGAAGAGAGAUCGGUGGAAUGGCUAUAAUCCGGAAGAACACAUGAAAAUCGUGGAAGAGUAUGCCAAAGUGGAUCUGGCAAAACGAACAUUGAAAGCCCAGAAACUGCAAGAAGAAUUAGCCUCAGGAAAAUUAGUAGAACAAGCUAAUUCUCCAAAACACCAGUGGGGAGAAGAGGAACCAAAUUCUCAGAUGGAAAAAGAUCAUAACAGUGAAGAUGAGGAUGAAGAUAAAUACGCAGAUGACAUUGACAUGCCUGGACAGAAUUUUGACUCUAAGAGACGGAUUACUGUCCGGAAUCUCAGGAUUCGAGAAGAUAUUGCAAAAUAUUUGAGAAAUUUGGAUCCAAAUUCCGCCUAUUAUGAUCCAAAAACUAGAGCAAUGCGAGAGAAUCCAUACGCCAAUGCAGGAAAGAAUCCAGAUGAAGUGAGUUACGCUGGGGACAAUUUCGUUAGAUACACAGGAGAUACUAUUUCAAUGGCUCAGACACAGUUGUUUGCUUGGGAAGCCUAUGACAGAGGAUCCGAAGUUCAUCUACAAGCAGAUCCUACAAAACUAGAGCUGUUGUAUAAGUCCUUCAAAGUCAAAAAAGAAGAUUUCAAAGAACAGCAGAAAGAAAGCAUCCUGGAAAAGUAUGGUGGCCAAGAGCACCUGGAUGCACCUCCGGUUGAAUUGCUGUUAGCCCAGACUGAAGACUACGUGGAGUACUCCAGGCAUGGCACGGUCAUUAAAGGACAGGAGCGGGCCGUUGCCUGCUCCAAGUACGAGGAAGAUGUGAAGAUCAACAAUCACACACAUAUCUGGGGAUCUUACUGGAAAGAAGGCAAAUGGGGAUACAAAUGCUGCCACUCGUUUUUCAAGUAUUCGUAUUGUACCGGGGAAGCUGGGAAGGAGGUCAUUAAUUCAGAGGAAUGUAUUACAGAUGAUAUAAGUGGAGAAGAAUCUAUGAAAAAACCUCAGACCCUCAUGGAGAUGCAUCAGGAAAAAAUAAAAGAGGAGAAAAAGAAGAAGAAAAAGAAAAAGAAGCACCGAAAGAGCAGCUCAGAGAGUGAUGAUGAGGAAAAGAAACAAGAAAAAUUGAAAAAGGCAUUGAAUGCAGAGGAAGCCCGCCUCCUUCAAGUCAAGGAGAUCCUGCAGAUCGAUGAGAGGAAGCGGCCUUAUAAUAGUGUCUAUGAAACUCGGGAGCCCACUGAAGAGGAGAUGGAGGCCUACAGGAUGAAACGUCAGAGGCCAGAUGACCCCAUGGCCUCUUUCCUUGGACAGUAGUACCUAGUCAUGAACGGUCAUCCCGGACAGACAACUGACAUACUGUCUUCAGCGUCUUGAUAAUUGUAGGUAGAAGAGUCCUUGCCUACCCUUCCAGCUGCCUAAUUGUAAUAAAGCUUCAAGAGUCUCAGUGUAUUCUUUUCCACACUGAAGAAACAAAGUAGAACAAAAACAAAGAGGAAAUACAUUAAAUAUAGAUUAAGAUAGGAAAUAAUCUAAUUUUACAUUAGUGAUGGGGAAAGGUCUUCGUUGUCUCUCUAUCAAAAUGUCUUCUACUCGGCAAUUAAGUCUAUUUCCUCAGUUUUUCUAGCCUUUUAUCUAAUAGUAUUGCACACUUUUAAGGUAGAUUUAUUACUUUAUCAGAAUUAGAACUUUUUUAAACUGCUAGUGAUUGCAGGAGUAAUGUAACUUUAUAAUUGUUUUGUUUAUAAUUAAUUUGUUUUAAAUGGCCUGAAACAAAAAUUUAUUCUAACUUGGUCUUUGGUUAACUGAAAGGCUAUUUGUAGAACAUGUAAAUGACUUUAUUCUCCCAUGUAAAUCUGUGAAGUAACUAAUAUGUUUUUAUUUGAUUAUUAAAUUUAAUUUUAAUACAUUUCCUUGAAGCUUAUGUACAGAACCAAAUUUGUUAGCCUAUGAAAGGAAGAAGAAAAAACUUACUUUCUCAUCCUUGGGUCAGCAUUGACUAAUCAGUACUUCUACCAUGCUACACAUGAUUUAGCCAUAAAAAUCUGUUCCUUUGCUUGUGAUACUACCAUGUUUGUGGUUACCUUGAGGUAACAAUCAGGAUAUUAAAUUUUAAAAGAUUCUAGAACAUCCAAAGUACCUAAUCUUCAUUGCCAGCAAGUGUCACUAUAGAACUUAGCAGACCAAAACCUGAAGUUAAAGUUUCCUUCGGACCUGAAAGGAUGGCUUAUGGGAAUCCGAGUAACUGAGACUGCUGUGACCCUCAAGCCACUUCUGCGGACAUUGUGAAGAUAACACGGACAGCAUGAGACAGCCUGUUUCUUAAGAGCCCCUGACAUGAGUGCCUUCGCGUACCAGUUUUCUAGUCUCUCAGAAAGCACUUGCAGAAUAUGGUGUUAAGUCAGCAUCAGGAAUGACAGGAAGGAGAAAUGCUGUUAUGGAUACAGAAGGUGCACCGGUUCACACUGGGAUGAAACUGAAACAGCAGUGCAAUAGGUCUGAUUGCUUUCUUUAAAGAAAAUUUUGUUUUCAUAUUCCUUAACAGGAUGGCUCAACAUAAAACUCUUAACACUGGUGUCCAUUUCAUACUUUCUUUUGUUAAUAAAGGUAGGU